GAGGAGAAAUGUCAAAGUGUUUAAUGGAAUUAUUAAAGUUAAAUUCGAAGAUAAAUUUAGUAAAAAGACUUCUCAAAUUUUAAGAACUCAUCACCAGUUUGUUUAUUAUAACCUACAACUUCAAACAUGUCUGAAGAAACAAAUUCAAACAAAACAAUUAAAACCGAACCGUUCGAUGAUUAUCCUCAAGUGAAACAGGAAUUUGAUAAUUAUGACAAUACAUCAGAUUUAUAUAUGGAUGAUGAUAUAUGUCUGCAGCAAUUUCUUAAAUCUGAGGUUACAAUUGACGAGGAAAUAAAACAAGAGACGAUUGAUGACCAAGAUGACAUAACUAGUACAAACAAAGCAGUUUUAGAUGAAAAUUCUUCCAUAUGUAACGACGAGAUCAGUGAAUCAAGUAUGAUAGUCAAUAGUGCAAACAAAUCAUUUAAAAAAGUUUCAGGAAAACGUAAGACAACUAGUAAGUUGAAAUAUAAAUGUAAAUCAUGCAGUAAAACAUUUGUAGCAAAACAAGGCUUAGACCGACAUGAAAUGAUCCAUACUGGAGAACGGCCUCAUGAGUGCGAAAUAUGCAAUAAAAGAUUUUCACAGUCAAGUAAUUUAAGACAGCAUUUAUCAGUGCAUACUGAAGAACGACCUUACACUUCUGAAAACAACAUACAAUCCAGAUCUAGUUCCAAAGUCUUAAGCAUCAAAAGACGAUUUGUUGAGUUAAAGGACAAGAAGAGGUUAAAUUGCGAUUCCAAUGAACCUUUUGGUGUCAGCGAUAACCCGAUGUCUGGACAUACAGAACGAGUAUGCCAACGAAAGUCCGGUGUCAUGGCUAGAGUAAAUGCGUUAAACCGAGAUGACCCGAGGACUGGGCGUACUUUUUAA